AUGUGCUUCGUAGCUUAUCGCUCGACAGUCUUCCCGCAGCUGCAGUCCAAGAUGGAAGCACUUCUAAGCAGCUGCAAGCUGUUCAAGCAUUGGCCGAGCAUUCUGCUUGGUUUACUCGUCGCGUUGGCCAUUAAAUACAUCAAGACCUAUCGAAAGCGACGAUUAAGGACUUCGAGCUGGGAACAGUUGGAGGGGACAGAGAAUGUUGCAGUUGAAUUCACGCUGGCUGAUUCUGCCAUUCAGCCCGCCUUGGAGGAGAAGCCACAUGUGCCAUUUGUACCUGGCCAUAAUCUUAAUCCCAAUGGCGGCAGGCGUUUCUAUGAGCUGAUGCGUGGUCGUCGCAGUGUACGUGCAUUUAACGCCAACAUUAAGCCACCAAUAGAUGUCGUAGAGGACUGUAUACGCGCUGCAGGCACUGCGCCCAGCGGCGCACACACCGAGCCUUGGACGUUUUGUGUGGUCGAACAGUUGGCAGUGAAGCAAUCUGUGCGCGAGAUCGUGGAGCACGAGGAGCAGAUAAACUAUAGCACACGCAUGCAUGCACAGUGGGUGACGGAUCUGCGACCCUUGCAUACGAAUGCAGUCAAGCCAUAUCUCACUGAUGCGCCCUAUCUAAUUCUAAUCUUUAAACAAACGCACGGUACCACAACAGAUGGACGCAAGAAGCUGCAUUACUAUAAUGAAAUUUCAACGUCCAUUGCUGCCGGGAUACUACUGUGCGCUCUUCAAGCAGCUGGACUUUGCUCGCUAGUCACAACUCCCCUUAAUUGUGGGCCUGCUUUGAGGCGUUUGCUCGAAAGGCCAACGAAUGAGAAGCUGUUAAUUUUGCUUGCUGUUGGUUAUGCGGAAGACAAUUGCAAGGUACCAGACUUGGAACGCAAAGGACUGCAAAGCAUUAUGGUUAAAUAUUAAAUUGUUCAUGCCAGAUAUCUCAAAAAAUCACAGUAAACAAAUUUGAAUCUGUUUCAGUA